GGGAGCAGCAGCCGCCGCCGCCGCCGCCGCCGCCGCCGCUAUGGGAGGCCGUCGGCCCCGCGCAGCCGUCCUGCUGCCGCUGCUGUGCCUCUGGGCCGCGCUGCCCGGCGGCUGCCCCAACAAAGGUGAGCGGAGCGCCGCGGGCACGGAGCGCCGCGGUCCGAGCGGUCGCGCUGCCGCCGCUGUCAGCCGGCAGUCCCGGCGGGGGGGCUCCGGGUGCCCCGGCUCCGGGGCUCGCUCUGCCCUUUCAGCGCCCUCAUCAUCCUUUCCUGUGCCGGCCCCAUCUCCUACCACCUCCCUUUUCAACAGUCUUUGAUUUUGACAUCCUCUUCUCAUUUGCCCCCUUUCCACCCACUUGGCUCGCUUCGUGUCAGUUCUUGCCGUGUGUGUGGAGCAAUUCUCCCGUAGCAUGCCGAGAGGGAGUGCGGUGCACCUCCACAGACCCCUCUGCUCCCUGAAGCACAUCCCCCAUCUCCAUCUUCUCAUUCCAGCCCAUGCGUCUAGAACGUGUCAAUAGGAAAUGUUGCAGCAGUUACGUGUUAUCUGUGCAGGUGGCUUAUAUAAAACAGUGCUUUAUGGGCUAAAUAGGGGAAAAAAAGAGAAAAAAAAAAAAAGGAAAAAAAAAGAAAAAAAGAAAAAAAAAAAAAGAAAAAAAGGAAAAAGAAAGACCAAACCCAAGCGCUGCAGCUCUAACAUGCUGGAUGCAGAUGUUCUCAGAACACACAGAGUGGCAGAGAAGGAUGUAGGUUACUAGAUCUGGGGCUGCAGACACAGGCAUGAGAAAUUCAUUUUCAGCUAAUGAGAAGAUCAUCUGUUGGGGUGGGGGAACCUGAAACAUGCAAGAGAUGCAGGGGCCAUCGGGGAUGCAGCAGCUUGAUGUGCUUUCCAUGCUUGGGGGCUACAAACAGGAUGCAGCACAAUGCUCUGUGUGCGCUGGUACCAGCAGGGGCAUUUAUUUGUGCUGCUCUGGUGCUGGUAGGACCGGUUGCGAAGCCAGGCCCCUCAUGGUCUGUAUUUUUUCUCUUUGUGAAUUGACACUCUGAAGCACGUACACAUCCUUGGCAGCUGAUUUUAGCUUUACAGGAGCUUUCUUGAAGAUGGUAUGAGCCUGCAUCCUAAGAAUACCCCCCAAAUGUGUUUCUAAUCCCCAAGAAAUAAUUUCCUAAGAAAUCAAAUUGGUGAUUCCCAAGGUGCAAGUGGAUGCAGCAGAAGAUUUCUGUCUCACCCACCAGCUUGUUACCCCAGCAACGGGGUGUAUUUGGCAUUGGUAGUUAUGGGUUCCCACCUCCUCGGAGAGGUGCGCAGACUGGGACUGACACGGUAGGAUCUGGUGAGGGCAGUGGAGGGAUGGGGCAAAACACGGGUGCUUGUACACAGGAAAGAAUCCUCCUGCAUACUGAGCAGGGUGGAUAUUUUUCUGGAUUUCCUACGCAGUGCUUUAUAAUCUUAAUCGAUACGGUGGAAGAGAAAUGCCAGCCCACACCUGGCUGCUCUGCCUGCUGGCACAUCCCUGCUCAGAUUGCAGUCCCACCACUGGCCCACCCAGCUCCAGCAGCACCCCUUGGUGCUGAAGUACAGAAGAGGCUAUUGAUUGUAGGGGAUGUUGUCCCUCUUGAGUCAACACGCACGCCAUGGCGGUGUGUGCUGCAGAGGAUGAAUUCACAUAUUGGAAGUAGUGCCCUUGAGGGGAGAGGCUCUGCAUCCUGCUCUCUACCAGCUCUGAGCCAUGCUGUGUGCAGAGUGUCGCUUGGUUGUAAUAAAUCUUGUUCUCCAGGGGGUGGGAGAGUGGGGGAUUAUCUGGGAAUGGGGUUUGUAACUAGGACAUGUAAUAUAAUCUCUGAGGCCCAUUUGGCAGGGAGUGGGCAUGGGGGAGGGGUUCUUAAUUUAUAACGAUUUUACUUCUCUCCCCUCCGCCCUUUCCCUCCUUUAUUUCUCCUUUUCCCUGCCCUGGAGCCUAUGUGAUAAAGAUUAAUUUGCUAUUUCUGGGCCUGUGACAUUUUUCAGAGCCUCCGGCUGGCUGCUGCCUCCAUGCCAAGCCUGGCUGGGCUACAGCCAAUGGAACAGCAAGGAGGGGCCAAAGGAAUAUGGUGCCCACCAUGGAGUGGGGAAGGAGGAAGCAAGGGGCUCAGCAAUUUGUUUUACAUGUGGGGUGGCUGACUGGACGUGUACCUGGGGGCACGUGUGUGGAUCCUUGCCCUUAGUACAGAGGGUAGAAGGAAUGAAUGAUAAUGGGUGAAUGCAGCUCUUGUCUUCUGGGGACAUCCCGAUGGAAGGUGUCUCCUGGAUCCUUUACUUAUGACUUCAGUGAUCUAAAGCAUUUAGCAUUUGGAAUCUCUCCCCAGAAUCGGAAUACUUAUGCCUCUGGAUUUCAUUUUUUUAAACGAUGCCAGCUUUCCAGGGUACACAGAUAUCCUUCUACACGCUUCUAACAAGAGAGUACUGAGGAGCUGAGAAGAAACAUGUUGUUUUUGAUGGCAUCUUCCAAGAGAGCAAAUAAGCACAAACCCUGGAUUGAAGCUGAAUAUCAGGGCAUCGUCAUGGAGAAUGACAACACAGUCCUACUCAACCCACCGCUGUUUGCACUGGACAAAGAUGCUCCUCUGCGCUAUGCAGGUGAGAUCUGUGGCUUCAGGAUACAUGGGGCAGGGGUGCCCUUUGAAGCUGUGAUACUGGAUAAAGCUACAGGGGAGGGGCUGAUCCGGGCCAAGGAACCAGUGGAUUGUGAAGCACAUAAGGAGCACACAUUCACCAUCCAAGCUUAUGACUGUGGAGAAGGACCUGAUGGAACCAACACUAAAAAAUCACACAAGGCCACAGUGCAUGUUCGAGUAAAUGAUGUGAAUGAGUUUGCUCCCGUCUUUGUGGAAAAGUUGUAUCGUGUCGCAGUGACCGAGGGAAAGCUGUAUGACCGCAUCUUGCGUGUGGAGGCUAUUGAUGGAGACUGCUCACCACAAUACAGCCAGAUCUGUUACUAUGAGAUCCUGACCCCCAAUAUUCCCUUUCUGAUUGACAAUGAUGGGAACAUUGAAAACACGGAGAAACUUCAGUACAGUGGAGAUCGUGUCUACAAAUUCACAGUAACAGCCUAUGACUGUGGAAAAAAGCGGGCAUCUGAUGAUGCAGAAGUGGAAAUCCAGGUGAAACCCACCUGCAAGCCCAGUUGGCAGGGCUGGAACAAGAGGAUUGAGUACACACCGGGUGCAGGCAGCCUCGCACUGUUUCCCAGCAUUCACCUGGAGACCUGUGAUGAGCCCCUGUGGAAUAUCCAGGCCAUGGUGGAGCUGCAGACAAACCAUGUGGCUAAGGGCUGUGACCGGGAUAACUACUCUGAGAAAUCACUACGCAAACUCUGUGGUGCUGCCUCAGGAGAGAUUGACUUGCUGCCUGUGCCUAGCCCCACAGCAAACUGGACUGCACGGCUCUCAGUGCACUACAGCCAGGACAGCAGCCUCAUCUACUGGUUCAACGGCAGCCAGGCUGCCCAAGUGCCUGUCAUGAACGGGCUGAAUGCCCAUGAGGGGCUGAGUGACCACUUCACCCUGUCUGUGUGGAUGAAACAUGCUGUGGUGCCCAGCAAAGGCAGGCGGGAAGAGGAGACAGUGAUCUGCAGUACAGUACAGAGUGAGGAUGGCUACUCACAUUACUCUCUGACUGUGCAUGGCUGCCGAAUUGCUUUCCUCUACUGGCCAUUGCUGGAGAGUGCAAGACCUGUGAAGUUCCUCUGGAAGCUUGAGCAGGUCUGUGAUGAUGAAUGGCACCAUUAUGCCCUCAACCUCGAGUUUCCAACUGUCACACUCUACGUGGAUGGUGUCUCUUAUGACCCUGCCCUCAUUCAUGACAAUGGCCUCAUUCAUCCCCCACGGCCAGAACCCUCACUCAUGAUUGGAGCUUGCUGGACCGAGGAGAAAAACAAGGAGAAAACCAAAGGAAAUGAUAAUUCCACAGAUACUGUACGAGGAGAUCCUCUGUUGAUACACCACUACUUCCAUGGUUACUUGGCUGGCUUCACUGUGCGCCCUGGUAGCUUGGAGAGCCGGGAGGUUAUUGAAUGCCUGUAUGCCUGCCGUGAGGGGCUUGAUUACAGUGACUUCGACAGUCUGGGCAAAGGGAUGAAGGUUCAUGUGAACCCCUCUCAGUCCUUGCUUACUUUGGAGGGUGAUGAUGUGGAAACUUUCAACCAUGCUAUCCAGCAUGUCGCUUACAUGAAUUCCCUGCGCUUUGCUACUCCUGGAGUCCGGCCGCUCAGGCUCACUACUAAUGUCAAGUGUUUCAGUGAAGAAUCAUGUGUCUCCAUUCCUGACGUGGAAGGUUAUGUUGUGGUGCUACAGCCUGAUGCUCCCCAGAUCCUGUUGAGUGGCACUGCCCACUUUGCUCAUCCUGCAUCAGACUUUGAGGCUCCUGAUGGAGUCCCCCUUUUCCCCAACCUCCAGAUCACCUGCUCUAUUUCUCACCAGGUGGAGGCCAAGAAGGAUGAGAAUUGGCAUGGUACUGUGACAGACACACGUAUGUCAGAUGAGAUUGUACACAACCUGGAUGGCUGCGAGAUCUCAUUGGUAGGAGAUGACUUGGACUCAGAGAGGGAAUAUCUGCUCCUGGAUGGGGCAUUGCUGCAACAGCGGGGCCUGGAGCUGGUUAACACCUCUGCCUACCUCACUAUCACAGGGGUUGAGAGCAUUGCAGUUUACGAGGAAAUACUACGCCAGGUCUCAUACCACAUCAACCGUGGCGCUGCUCUUUAUGAGAGGAAGUUCCACCUGUCCUGCACUGAGAUGAAUGGACGUUAUUCCAGCAAUGAGUUUUCUGUUGAGAUGAAUGUCCUCCACAACAUGAACCAAGCUGCUCAUCCCAACCAUAUGCUGAAUUCUCAGCAGUUUAUACACCGAGGCCAUCAUUUACCCCCAGAGCUGUCUGGCCACAGCUUGGCAAGCACCCAUAACAGCCCUAUGGUUCCCAGUGCAGCCACUAUCAUCAUUGUGGUGUGCGUGGGCUUCCUGGCACUCUUGGUGAUCCUGGGCAUCCUGCGCAUCCACUCACUGCACCGACAGGGAAUGGGGCAAGAGGUCCCUGGGGCUGCCGCAGAGGGGCACACAGGCACUGGCAGCAAAGACAGUGACUUGUUCUGGGAUGACUCAGCUCUCACCAUCAUAGUGAACCCCAUGGAGUCCUACCAGAGCUGCCAGGAGAGGGCUGCAGAAAACUGUGAGGGCAGAGCAGGUAAGGGCAUGGAGGACGAUGAUGACAGCAGUGAUUUGGAGACACCUGACUCCCCAGACAGCAAUGACAUGGAUGAUCGGCACAUCAUUGGCAAAAAUGACAGUGCUCACCGCUAUUAGCAGCUUUAAAACAUCUGUCCAAUGGAUCCUCUGAAACAUACGGCUGGGAAGAGGAGGUGUCUUUAACUUCCUUUUUCCCCCACCUUGUACAUGUUCUCCUCCCUCGUGUCAUUUUGCCUCCCAUGUUCCUUCGUCUUCUGCCAUUCUCAUUGUGGACGUUCCCUAUGAUUGACCCCCCCCAUUUGGCUCUCUAGAGACACAUAUUUGGGCACUUGCACAUGACCGUGGCACAGUUCAAACUAUGAUGACGAAGGAGGGGCUUGGAAAGAACAGAAAUGUGGAAAGAGGAGUCAGCCAUAUGGCUCAGAGUGGGGUCUCUCACAACCCCUCCCCAGAUAUUAUAUAUAUAUAUAUAUAUUGUAUAUUUUUUCAAUGUUGUUGUUUGAGGUUUAUUCUCAUUUCAUGCAAAACAAAACAAUCAAAAAAAAAAAAAAGAAAGAAAAAAAAGAAAUAUCCCCACAACCAGAACAUUGCAGCUUGUGCCACUUUGUAAAAUUGUCAAUACUCCUGAACUAAAUGAAUGGUGGUAAGAAGGAUGAGGAAGCAAAGUGGAUUUUAAAAUAAAUGGAUUUCAAAUAAAA